CACUGUCACAUUACUAGGUGGUGGUGGUGCGGGGCAGGCGGCGGACACCUGUAGGCGGGGCUCACCUGCUUCCGUGCAUGACGUCACGUGCAGGUGAUGGCACACCUUGUCACGUGCUGGGUGUAGGGAUCGGCACGGCCCUCAGCCCCCCCCACGCCUCACGUGCUUCACUUGUGUUGAGGGAGGGAGUUACUCUGCUCUCCUUGGAGUGGGAUUGCUUACCUAGUGAUCACUUGAGAGGCAAGGGAGGCAGUGCCUAUAAGGGGAGGCCUCUUCUCUUAUCCCUAGAAUAGAAACCCUCUUUUUCAUGAUGGUGCAAGAAGCCCUGUGCCAACUGGAACAACUGUUCAAAAAAAAUAUUAAGACAUACUUUACUGCAUUUCAAAGGAUGUUUUGGCGUGAUCAGUGCCGCUAGCAGGGAGCCAAGAUGUGUGGGGAGCGGUGCCGGCUGCUGUGCACACAGUGGCGGCUGUGGAUCAGGCCGCUGGUGUUUGUGCUCUAUGGCGCCAUCAUCCUGGGCUUCGUGCCCUACCUCAUCUACACGCUGAACCUGCAUGGGAUGAACGGCUUCACCAUUGCCUGGCUCAUCGGCGGAAUCUUUGUGUUCAUGGCCAUCCCCAUCACGCUGUGGGAGAUCGUGCAGCACCUCAUCAACUACACCAAGCCAAAGUUGCAGAAACACAUCAUCAGAGUGCUGUGGAUGGUGCCGGUCUAUGCUCUCAAUGCUUGGUUGGUUCUCGGGUUCCCCAGCCUGGCGCCUUAUCUGGACACGGCCAGGGAGUGCUACGAGGCCUAUGUCAUCUACAACUUCAUGAUGUUCCUCCUAAACUUCCUGGACGAUGAGAUGGACCUUGAUGCCUGCAUGGAGAGCAAGCCACAGACGCCGCACUUUUUCCCGCUCUGCUGCCUCAAGCCUUGGCGGAUGGGGAGGGAGUUCAUUCACCGGUGCAAGCAUGGGAUCCUGCAGUACACCGUGUUCCACCUCAUGACCACCUUCAUCGCCUUCGUGUGUGGGCAGGCCGGGGUCUAUGAGGAGGGCAAGCUGUCGCCAAAGAACGCCUUCGUGUACCUGUUUGUGGUGAACAACCUGUCGCAGUUUGUGGCCAUGUACUGCCUGGUCCUCUUCUACAAGGCCAUGCGGAGGGAGCUGGACCCCAUGUCUCCCCUCGCCAAGUUCCUCUGCAUCAAGGCCGUCGUCUUCUUCUCCUUCUUCCAGGGUGUUGCUAUCAUGUUCCUGAUGAAGGCUCAGUUCAUGCACGACAUCUUCAACAUCAACUCCGGCAAUCCAGACGUUGACGAGGACCUGGAGAGACGAGACUCAAGUAUCAUUCAGAACUUCUUAAUCUGCAUUGAGAUGUUCAUAGCGGCCGUGGCCCACCAGUACGCCUUCUCCUACAAGCCUUACGUGGACGAGGAGUACGAGACGGGGAAUUGCUGCCACACCUUCCUCCUCAUCUGGGACAUUUCAGACGUGCGCUCGGACCUCCGGGAGCACGUAUACGUUGUCAGUGAAGGCAUGAAGCGCCGCCUCACCUCACGGGGCAGUGGGUGGCCGGGCGGAACCUCCAGCAUGGGCCCGGGGAGCAGCGGGGAUGAACACACGCGGCUCAUCGACCCACACUCCCACCAACACCACCACCACCACCACCAGCACCAGCACAGCUCCGGGGGGGGACACCGAUACAUGUCCACCUCAGACUCAGAGCACGACAUUGUCAUCACGCAGGGAGAGAUGUCUGACCCCGAGGACAUCAAGGCAAUCUGACACCCGAGUGCCCCUCGACCCGGCACCGUGGUGUGAGGGUGAGUGGGCACCGGGGACGCACGGGCCGGGCUUUUGUGGUGCCAGAGGACGGCGGCACCGCUAACCGCAGCUCCGGGCCAGACGUGUUUACUGGCAGUGUUGCGGCGUGUGUCCUUGCCACGUGCUGGGUGCGGCGACGCUGGCCGAGCUUCAGCCGGCACAGGUUUGCUUGCUUCUCAUGUGUUGCCUUGUGUUGUGUCCUUGCAGCGUGUUCAGUGAACCCUACGGAGCAAAAGUCAGACUCGUCACAUCAUGGGCACCUUGCCAGUGUGGUUUUUAUACACUAACCUAACAUUCACACCCUGAAGAUUAUGAUUUCAUAAAGCUAUUUUUCUAAUUAAAAGAAUUAUUACAUAUUUUUUCUAUAGAAUAAUAUGAAGUACUGAAUGCAAUUUGUUUUGCAUAUAUUUGAUGCAUUAUCUUCCCUGUAGCUGUUGAUUGCCUUGAGUCCAGACACUUGUGGUCCCUCAUCAGUUUGUCAAGUAAGGCUUUAUUGUGCCCCAGGGAAGACUUGACACUCAUUAGUUUGUCAAGUAAGGUUUUAUUGUGCCCCAGGCAAGACUUGACACUCAUUAGUUUGUCAAGUAAGGGUUUGCUGCACCCCUGGGAAGACUUGACACUCAUUAGUUUGUCAAGUAAGGGUUUGCUGCACCCCUGGGAAGACUUGACACUCAUUAGUUUGUCAAGUAAGGGUUUGCUGCACCCCUGGGAAGACUUGACACUCAUUAGUUUGUCAAGUAAGGGUUUGCUGCACCCCUGGGAAGACUUGACACACACUGUGCGCCUGUUAUGGCAGGACACCUUGAAACAACACCUGGGAUUUUCUUUUGUUGAUUUUCUUUCUUUUUUUUCUUUCUCUUUCUUUGUUUCCUUAUGAUGCUGUUUAGAGCAUGUUUGUUGUGUUCUGUUUGAGAGUACUUUGUUGUGUUUUGUUUUGCUGGUCCUUGUUUGAGGUUUGCUGUGUUCCACUUUGUCUUUCCUGCGUUCCUCCUCGGUCGCUCCAGGUUUUCCCCCGUGGCGUGAUUUACGUGUCGGUGUCUCCGCCGUGUACUUUGAGGUUGCAGAUCACUGUAGAGGCUUGUGAAGAUUCUCACACAUAUUUAAGGUUAUCUUGUACUUGUCUUGCAGAAGUCCACACCAUAACUGCUUACCUAUUGCCUAGUUCAUGUGGCUUUGUUUCUGCUUGGGUAGGCCUACAAAGAAGAGUUAUGUGUAUAUGUGCCUGAUAACUGUGUGUCAUACAUACUUAGCUGUAGACUCGGCUGCACCCGUUGUGUCACCAGUGAUGGCCUGAGGAGACUUCCCUCAACUCAGAACCAAAGAAUACUUGCAUUGUAAUUUUUAAAUACUUCUAAGUACGGUAGUCACAAUUUGUAUUGUAUUAUCUGUAUAUAAUGACGAAUUAUAUGCGUGUUCUCGGGCCUGGCAUAAACCUAUGCCAAGAUAGCAGGGAACUGGUUAGGGGAAGCACUAUGCAUCUAUAUUUUGGAAGAUGUCUUUUGGGUACAUGAAGAGUGUCUUACAGGCAAGACAUGACCUGCCCGAGUCACUGGAGGACUCGGCAGCAUGAGUCGGGCAGGGACGAGUGUGUCCCAGUGGUAGUUUGUGAGUGGAGUGACGAGGCAACCAAAGACGAAUGUUUAAGAGAGUCAUAAAGAUUAUACAGAAACGA